AUGGAGGUAGUCAUGAUUGGAGAAUGUCGAAACUACUUAUCUAAUGUGAUCUCUGCACUACUGGCGAAGAAGUUGGUUCGUAAGGGAUGUGAGGCAUUCUUGGCCUAUGUAAGUGUUUCAGAUUCUGGAGAAUCUACAGUUAAGGAUAUCAGAAUGGUAAAGGAUGUUUAUGAUGUCUUUCCUAAGGAGCUACCAGGUUUAACUCCGAAUCGUGAAGUGGAUUUUGGGAUAGAGCACCUUUCUGUUUUGGUUGAGGGGAUUCAAGUUGAUCCUCAAAAGAUUGAGGCUGUAUUGGAGUGGAAGCAGCCUAGGAACGUGUUUGAGAUCCAGGGUUUUUCAUUGAUUGCGGCACCCUUGACUAAGUUGCUACGUAAGGGUGUGCCAUUUAACUGGACUUAUGCGCAACAAGAGAGCUUUGAGAAGCUCAAGACUGUACUAACUGAGGCCCCUGUUCUGAUACAGUCGGAGCCUGGAAAGGAGUUCACUGUUUAUAGUAUUGCAUCACAUCGUAGACGGAUUGAGCUGCUUAAAGACUAUGACUGCACCAUUAAGUACCACCCUGGUAAGGCUAAUGUGGUGGUUGAUGCACUGAGCCGUAAGGCUAUGACUAAUUUGAGGGUGAUAUUUGCUCACCUAAGUUUAUUUGAUGAUGGUAGAUUAUUAGCCGAGCUUCAGAUUAAGGGUGGUAGUACUACGGAUUUUGGAUUGAACAGUGAUGAGGUACUCUAUUUCUGUGGGAGAAUCUAUGUUCCAAAUGAUACUGAUUUGAGACAGGCCAUAUUGAGAGAGGUGCAUAUUAGCCCUUAUGCUAUGCAUCCUGGCAGAAAUAAGAUGUAUCGAGACCUUCAUGAGUUAUAUUGGAGGCCAGGGUUGAAAUGUGAGGUUACUGAUUUUGUGGGCAGAUGUUUGAGUUGCCAACAGACCGAUGGUCAGUUUGUGAGGGUGAUUCAGAUACUGAAGGGCAUGUUGAGGCGUUACCGCUGUGAUCCUACUAAUAUUGUCUCUAUUGAAGAGAUCGAGGUUAGGCCAGAUUUGACCUUUGAGGAAGAGCCGGUUCAGUUUCUGGAUCGCGACAUUAAGGUUCUAAGAAGGAAAUCCAUUCCAUUGGUAAAGGUUCUAUGGCGUAAUCAUAGCACUGAGGAGGCCACAUGGGAGCCUAAGGUUGCGAUGUGUCCUCAUCUGUUCUGA